ACGCGCGCGCGGGCGCUCUUCGCUCUAUCAGCUGAUUUUUGCGUCCGGUUCGACGAGUCAUGCUUUUUCUUCCGGUCCGUGUAGACCGCCGUUUCAGUAUCUGCGGGAUCGACGGCGAAGAUGGUAGAUGAAGCUGGUGACAGAGAUGAGUCCUCUAAUGUUGCCAUUAUCAGAGAGGUAUAUGACAGUGAGAAUGCUCAUGAGACAUUUGAAUAUGAGUUAGAGAGGGCAUUAGAAUCAGAAUGCAGUUUAAUUGUUAUCGAACCAUCGAAAUUAGGUGAUGAAACCUCUAGAUGGAUAGCAGUGGGAAAUUGUCUUCACAAGACCGCUGCGUUGUCAGGUCUUGCCGCAAUCGUCACAGGAGUACUUUGGGGCGAUCGGCCAUACAUCUGUGGUCCACUAGGUUUUACAGCAGUUAUAACUUGUGGAUUAUAUACAGUCUCUUGGCAAUUUGAUCCUUGUUGCCAAUAUCAAGUAGAGACUGAUACCAGCAAAUUACCACAUGUAGAGCUGUUAGCUGUUUUAGGUCCUUCGUCUCCCACGUUUCUUGUAAGAAAAGAUGACACGAGGAGACGAAUUCUUCAUACGACUAUUACAUUGGCAGCCCUCAGCAUUACUGCCUGGAGAGUAUACCAGGCGUUUAAGUGAAAGAGUUAUUACUGGCAUUGGUUUUAAGCCAGAACGAAACAAUAAGGUGAGUCCUGCUUAUGUGAUCUGACUAAACUACACAUAAAUGCAAGUAACAAAAGCCAGAUUUUAUCCAAGUUUUUACAUUGGCAUGUCAUUUCCUUAAGAUUUUACAUUGUUAUAUUCUUUGAUCUCCACCUGGGAAAAAUUGUGAAAGAUAACUGUAUUACAAAGUUGCAAAAGCUAUAUAUAUAUAUAUAUGCAGUCUCUAAACUGGAGGAAAAAAAAAAGAUAUUGACAUAAGUGUUCUUAGAAUUAUGACAUUUGCAACGGAACAUAUGGAUUUAGCAUUAUGUAUUUUUAGAUUGUAAAUAUAAAAUAGGUAGAAAGAGAAUAAAAAAACACCCACAGUACAUAUUACAUGUCAAAGGGUAUGUUGCCUAGAUUUUCUCACCCAACAGAACAAUCUAUAUGACAUAAUAUCAGAAGAAUAAGUUGACUACUAAAAACUUAAUGUAUUUUUUUUAAGCUUUGAUUAUUUUAUUAACCAACAAUAUGUAGAGUAAGAUAUAUAUUUUUUUCAUUAUAAACGCGCGCGUAUAAAAUUUUUUAUCGUUUACAUUAGUCCUAUCAAAUGGAAACUAUUACAUACAUUCCUGUAAAUGUUUAAUGAUAAUAAAAGUUAAAAUCCUGUACAUUGCA